AUGAGUAAUUACCGUGUAACGGUACCAGUGUCAACGACCCCUCCCUGUCAAGACACAACGCAACUGGCCGACGAAAUUCUGCAGAGGAUAAACAAGGAAAUUAACCAAGCUGUCGCAGAGGCUUUCUCCUUCUUCCAAACUGAAUUGGAUCGACUACAGGGUAAGAACAAUGAACUUCGGCAGAGGAUGCCAGGAAUUGAGAAGGAGACGGAACUAAAAAUCGACGAUCUUGAACAAUAUGGUCGCCGUACCUGCCUUCGAUUCUUCGGAAUCCCUGAAACCAAAGGGGAGUCCACCGACCAAAUUGUUCUGCGAGUCUGCAAGGAGAAGGUGAACGUGGAGUUGAAGAUCGACGACAUUCCACGUUCGCAUCGAGUGGGACCAAUCCAGCAGCCAGGUCAGGACACGGGCAGAGCAGCCGGCAAGGAGCGUCAUCGUCCCAUCAUUGUGAGGUUCGACGGCUACCGGACGAGGCAGAGGGUGUUCGCAGCCAAGCGGAUGCUGAAGAACACUGGCAUCACCGUGAGGGAGGACUUGAAACACCGACUGGCAAUUUUGAACGCAGCGGCCAACAAGUACGGGAUAAGAAACACGUGGACAGUCGAUGGCCGCAUCAAGUACGCCGUCGGAGAGGGACCUGGACGCCGCAUCUACACCGCCGAGCGUCUUGCCGACCUCCAGUAAACACUUCACGGUGUUGGCACAUGAUAUCUUCCUACUAAAGACCUGGUUCCUGUGACUUCUCGCUCGCGCUCUCUCUUGCCG